AAUGGACGACAACAAUGUUGCCUCAAUGCAGUUCAGCUCUAGAACUUCCUAAGUACGGAUACAAUUGCGAAUGGAUCAGUCAAAAGUGGAUGAACUCAAACAUAAAAUGCGGCGGAUCCUAUAUUGCGGACACAGUGAAACCGACCAACUAAAAUAUAAAUUGUCCCAAGUUCAAAAAGAACUUGAUGAAGCUAAUGACUUUAUUGCUGAAAUAAAAUUCGAAUUGGAUAGUGUUGAUAUACUGGCUCUGCAAAAUCAAUGGCUACGCGAUGAAUUGAUGAUGCUAAAGGCCGAGGAGGUGGGUGUGAUUCAUAGGGACUUGGAGGAGGACCCAGCAACUCGAAGAGAGCGUCGCAGCUAUCGACAGCAAGUUUCUGCUGGAAUGGUGUCUCCUCAGCUCAAAAGGCCACUCCAGGAGCAGCGAUAUGGACGCAAGCUGGAUAAACUAAUGGCUGAUUACUCGGAAUCAGAAUUUAUUUACCAAAAAGGCCAUUAGCCACUUCCGACUUCAUACAAACAACUUAAAAUAUACGGCCUUAUCUUUGUUGUCACGCUUCAUAAAAAUAUAUUUCUGAAUCACCUUUUCGAUAUUCGAUAAAGAUACAACAAGAAAAA